AUGAACGCGCGACUACGCAAUCCUCCUCUCUACAAUAUUCAACAUCAUGCUCCUCAUAAUGAAUGGUUAGUCAUUCCUCUUUCUUCUCUAUCGUAUUCUUUCCUCCGUUUUACAGUAACCUUGCGAAAUCCCCUACGUUUCAUACGGUAG